GUGAGGCUAAGAACGUAAACAUGGCGGAGGAUACGCGGGUUAUUUGCCUAAAUCUCUGCAUUGCCUUACCCUUGUUUUUUGUGGUAUAUUACAUGGUGGCUUCGUUGCUAAGUGGAGCUUUCAAAGUCAGUGACUUUGAUGGCAAGAUGCCCUUUGAUUUUCAGAACUGUUGCGAUAUGAAAGAUAACAGAAAUAUUGUGACACUACUGUCUUUGUUGCUGACGUACACCCUUACUGCAAUAAUCUUUAUCAUCUUCUUGAGAAAGAGAAUUUGGGAUUAUGCGAUUACAAUAGGAUUUGUUCAUCUUCUGUUGACCUGUGCUGUCAUGCAGGCUUUCCCGACAAAUUGGAAGUGGUGGAUUGCCUUUCUGUCAUCUGUGCUGUUCAUGGCCUUAUUUGGUGAAAUAGCUGUCAGAUGUUUGCUUGAAAAGAAGACACAGUCAGCAAGUAUCAGUCCUCAAGAAAAUGUGAUUACAUGAUGGUCAUUAAGUGUUCAAAGAGAAUCUAUCGCAGGGUUCUUGUUAAGAGCUAGUCACUGGUUAUUUUUAAUGGCUGUUCAAGUAAAUGUUACGAGUUAUGUCACUGAGACCCUGGACUGAAAUAUUCACCAAAGUUAUCCAACAAUAUUUUCAAUUUUUUGGAUAAAUACUUCUUGUCUUCUUCCAACCAAUGUCAUGAAGAUAUCUAUCAUGUGUUACCAGUUUGAAAAUACAUCAUAUGUUGAAGAAAUUCCGCUAUUUUUUACCUAAUGCAUCCCUUGCAGUCACCUUACAAAAUGACCUUUUCCAUAUUUCCUUUCUAUCCUCUCACAGCCAAAUGAAAAGGCCCAACAUUUAUUGAGAAAUGUCAUGGUUGACAACAUGAUGUCCAUGCAUGGAAAACCUGCCCCUAGACCCCAGUGGGGGCCUAUGUGGCUCACACACCUCUAACAUGGGGGAAGGUCACAAAGUUACUUGCUAUUUCUUACUUUUUACCUCCUUUGUAAAAACAUAGCAAGAACCCUGUAUUGUAGAAUUAAUUAGGGUAGCGAUACAAGGCAGUGUGUAUCUAAAUAUUUUUAUAGGAAGAUGAAAAGUGCUACAUUUUGUAACAAUUUAUUAAAGAUCAGUGUUGACAAACAUUGAUUAAAGAAAAAAGGUUACUAUAUGUGGUAACUGUACUUAAAAUCA